AUGCCUAGAAACACGUAUACUGCAGUACUAUCCGACAACGGCUCAAACAUUACAUCGUUGGAUUCCCGUCUUCUAGCGCUUCUUUUCCUAGUACAAGGGGGGCUAGCAAGUUCAUUCCCCAGCUUUAUCCUGACCCAGCUUAGACCAACCUCCCUAGACAGUCAGCUUGGGCUGGUUAGCAACAUGGCCAGCAUUUCCAUCAUUUUUUUCCUAAAGGUUAUUAUAAAGGCGACCAUAGCGAGUAUACAUGGAAGGGAAUAUCUUAACCUGAUCUCAGAGGUGGCAGCUGCGCCAGGGGAAUGA